GUCUGUCUCUCUCUCUCUCAACAUCGUGUGGAAACGUUUCAUUAUCAUCUGAAGAUUCAUCUCAGGAGAUUUCGAUCAGAUCUGUGAUGUAUUUGACCUGCAUUGCUCUGAUCUGAUCCGUUCAAACACAAGUCUGUAAGUUCAAAUUUUGAAUUGGUGAUUUUGGUUCAAUCUGCUUGAGGAGAUUCGAGUCCUACUGCUUCGUGGUUCUAACAUUGUUCGGAUCUGACUUGAGGAAGCUUGGUGUUUUGUGAUUUAACCAAGAUUUGAAUCGAGAUAUUUGGGAUGUGUUUUUGCCUUUUUGGCGUUUGCUGAUGUUUGUGAUAUAUUAGAGAAAGGAGGUAGAGGUACAUAGUACAUACACUCGCUUGAUUUUGACGGAGUUUGUGAGAUAAGUAUGGCGUCUUCGAUUUCGGCCAUAAGUGAGGAGCUUGGCGAGAUUGACGGACAGAUAGCUGAUAUUUUUCGAGCACUUUCAAAUGGAUUUCAAAAGUUUGAGAAGAUCAAAGACUCAAGUAGGCAAAGUAGGCAGUUGGAAGAGCUCACUGGAAAGAUGCGUGAGUGUAAAAGGCUUAUUAAAGAGUUUGAUAGAGAAGUCAAGGAUUUAGAACAUACAGUUGGCCCUGAUACCAGCAAGAUUCUGAAUGAGAAAAAGCAAUCCAUGGUCAAAGAGUUGAAUUCCUAUGUUGCACUCAAAAAACAAUAUGCAAGCAACAUUGAAAACAAACGAGUUGAUCUUUUUGGGGGGCCGGCUGAAGGAUUUGAGGAAGAUAAUAAUGGCUUGCUAGCCUCAUCUAUGACAAAUCAGCAACUAAUGGACAAUGGUCAUCACAUGAUGGAUGAAACUGACCAAGCUAUUGAACGUUCAAAAAAGGUUGUCCAUGAAACUGUAAAUGUUGGAACCGAGACUGCAGCAGCACUUAAAGCACAGACAGAACAAAUGAGUAGAAUUGUGAAUGAACUUGACUCGAUCCAUUUUUCAAUCAAGAAGGCUUCUCAAUUAGUGAAGGAAAUUGGUAGGCAGGUUGCAACUGAUCGAUGCAUUAUGGCCUUACUCUUCCUUAUUGUGGUUGGUGUCAUAGCUAUCAUUAUUGUGAAGAUUGUGGAUCCAAACAACAAAGACAUUCGGGAUAUUCCAGGAUUAGCCCCUCCUGCUCCUAGUCGAAAGCUUCUAUGGAUCACUGAUUAAGGGCAUGAGUGUGAUAAAAUUAAAAGUUUGAAUGGAUGCAUUGUGGGCUUUUUGGUAAAUCUCUUUCUAAAUUACAAGAAACAGCAGGUGGUGAUCUGACUACGUAUGACCUAGGAAGGGGUAUUUGUGUUUGUUUUGUGUUGGCAGAUUUUUGUUUGAGAAAAAAGUUAUCGGGUUUUGGAUGGAGGGAGACUGUAUACAAAUAUUCACAUUUUGCCUUUCUUAUUGGGUUAUUAUUAUACAAAGACUUUCUUUUUUGAACACGAUGUACUUUUUUUUUUUUUUUU